UCAGCCCUAGGGCCCCUGUUUAGGGUUUGUGGCCAUGGCGCCCGAAGCUGGCAAGCGGGGGAGGGAGGCCAUGGCGGAUCGCGGCAGCCCUAGCGCAUCCUCCAGGAAGCGCAUUCGCAGCAGGAGCCCCCCGGGCGGUAGAGACGAGCAUCAUCGCGGCCACAGCGCCAGGUACGACGGAUCGCGGGAGAGGGAUAGGGAGCGGGAGCGGGAUCGCGAGAGGAAGCGCAGCAGGAGCGAGAGCGCGGAGAGGAAGCGCGGCGUGGAGAAGCGCCAGAGCCCUAGCUGUGAUGCCGCUGCCAAAUCCAGGCGGAAUGAGAGGCAGCAGCAGCAGCAGCACCGGGGUCGGCACCGCAGCCGGAGCUUGAGUAGAGAGAGGAGAAGUAGGAGGAGCCAAAGCCGUGAUCGUCUCAAGGCUGGGAAUGCCAGGAGCAGGAGUAGGAGUGUGGAUCGAGAUAGAAAGGAUAGAAAGGAGGUGCUAAACAGCGAGAAGUCGGAUGAGCUAGCCAGUGAAGCCCAGGAAAUUCAUGGUGAACUUGGGGAGAGUGGAGACGAUGAAAACGAUCAGGCUUCUGCUGGCACGACUGCCACGACUACUCAGGAAGAAUCCAAGCGGGCAGAGCCGAUUUCCUUGGAGGAUAUGUUGAAGAAGCGCAAGGAGGAUGCUCUCCAACAGUCUAAGCCGUUAUUUCUCACUAAAGAGCAAAGGCAGGAACUUGCUCUUAAAAAACGUGAAGAAGAAGCCUCCGAACAUAAGCGGAGGGUCGAAGAGCAGCGGAAAUUGUAUACAACACAGAAAUCUCAAGAAGAAAUUCGCCAGCGAGAUCUUGAACGUGAAAGAGACCGCGAGCGCCGAGAGCAACGGGAAGAGGAAGCAAAAGUUAGGGAGCGUGAACGCGUCGAGAAACAGGCUAACAGAGAACGAGAGAAAGAGAUGGAUGCAAUCAAAGAACAGUAUCUUGGAACAAAAAAGCUAAAGAAACGUGUUGUGAAGCCAAGCGAAAAGUUCAGAUUCUCAUUCGAUUGGGAAAAUACAGAAGAUACUUCAAGAGACAUGAACCCGAUAUAUCAAAAUCCUCACGAAGCACAGUUGCUUUUUGGCCGAGGAUUUCGUGCCGGCAUGGAUCGAAGGGAGCAAAAGAAGCUUGCUGCAAAGAAUGAGAAGGACCUGCGAGCUGAAAUACGGGCAACCAAGGGACUUGAAGAAAAGCCGGAGGAAGCAAAGGCUCAGAAACUCAAGGAAGAGGCUGCGAAUGCAUACGAUGCAUUUGAUAUGCGUGUAGAUCGGCAUUGGUCAGAGAAGAAGCUCGAGGAUAUGACUGAGAGAGAUUGGCGUAUUUUCCGAGAGGAUUUCAACAUCUCAUACAAGGGAUCCCGCAUCCCGCGGCCUAUGCGGAACUGGGAAGAAGGUGGCCUUAGUACUGAGCUAUUGAAGGCUGUUAACAAGGCUGGGUACAAGAAUCCGUCUCCCAUCCAAAUGGCUGCAAUUCCACUCGGUCUUCAACAAAGAGAUGUCAUUGGUAUUGCGGAAACGGGAUCCGGCAAAACAGCUGCGUUUGUGCUACCAAUGCUCACGUACAUAUCAAGGCUUCCUCCCAUGACUGAAGAGAACGAAGCCGAAGGACCUUAUGCGGUUGUCAUGGCUCCUACGAGGGAGCUUGCGCAGCAAAUUGAAGAAGAAACUGUGAAAUUUGCACAUUAUUUGGAUAUACAUGUGGUGUCAAUUGUUGGAGGACAAUCAAUAGAGGAGCAAGGUUUUAAACUUCGCCAGGGUUGCGAGAUCGUGAUUGCUACGCCUGGAAGGCUUUUGGAUUGCCUUGAACGCAGAUAUGCGGUUCUCAAUCAGUGCAACUACGUGGUACUAGAUGAAGCGGACCGCAUGAUCGAUAUGGGGUUUGAGCCGCAGGUGGUCGGUGUUCUUGAUGCUAUGCCGUCUAGUAAUCUCAAACCCGAGAACGAGGACGCGGAACUGGAUGAGAAAAAGAUUUACAGAACUACUUACAUGUUUAGUGCAACGAUGCCGCCUGCCGUGGAAAGGCUUGCACGGAAGUACUUACGUAAUCCGGUCGUAGUUACAAUUGGAACUGCUGGAAAAACAACGGAUCUCAUCACGCAGAAUGUUCUCAUGGUCAAGGAUUCUGAGAAGCUCGACAGAUUACAGCGCAUGUUGAAUGAUCUUGCGGACAAGACGGCCAUCGUGUUUGUCAACACCAAGAAAGCUGCCGACGGUCUAGCAAGGCAACUCGAUAAGCUGGGCUACCGAGUGACGACCUUGCACGGUGGGAAAACUCAAGAACAGCGUGAGAUCAGCCUAGAAGGAUUUCGUAGCAAACGCUACAACUGCCUCGUUGCCACCGACGUCGCUGGUCGUGGAAUCGAUAUCCCGGACGUAGCCCAUGUCAUUAACUUUGAUAUGCCGAAUAACAUCGAGAUGUAUACGCACAGGAUCGGUCGUACUGGUCGCGCGGGCAAGACUGGCGUGGCCACGACGUUCUUAACUUUGGGAGAUACCGAAGUGUUUUACGAUCUAAAGCAGAUGCUUGUGCAGAGCAACAGUCCUGUUCCUCCAGAGCUGUCGAGACACGAGGCCUCCAAAUUCAAGCCUGGAACUAUACCCGACCGGCCACUACGGAGGAACGAAACCUUGUAUGCUCAUUAACACGAGCCUUGUACAUAGUUUUCCGGUUUUUUUUCUCUCUUUUGUUGGUAAGCUCUACACAUUUGAGGCGAAAAAUAAGUAGAGCCGAAACUUAGCUAAGAACUUACAAAAACGAAACACUUUUUUCUCUCAAACUUACAGAUGAUCUCUAUGUGCCGUGCAAAACUGGAACGUUGUUUCUCUCUUCUGUACACGAUGGUGGCCCUGUACACGGUCGUAUUCACAAUCCUCGAGCCAGGUACCUUUUUCUUCUUUCCUGUUGGUCGAAGUGUUAGAAUCUGAAGAGCGGCUUGUCCUUC